GUUGUUUUCGUUGGUUUGCUUAGGGAGUGGCGGAAAACUUCAGCUGAGUUCCGAGCGGAGGAGUCGUCCAGCACUGCAACCGUUGGACGCGAUUUCAGUUUCUGAGUGUUACGUCUUUGGUGCGGGGCGCGGAGGGGCGCGGAGGGCGAUGGAGCUGCCCCGGGCGCCCCUCUGGCUCCUGUGGGCUGUGUUGGAGUCCUCCGUGCCGGGGAGCCGCUGCGGCUCCUCCAGGCACUCUUUGUGCAAUUCCUAUCUGAAGGUGUCAGAAUCCAGCCAGGGACUGCCGGAGUUCCUCUCCAUGGUCCACCUGGAUGAUCAGCCCAUCACUCAAUAUGACAACAACACCAUGAAGAUGGUACCCUGGUUGGAGAUGGUGGAUACAACAAUCCUCGUGGCCCUUGAAAGGGUGUUCAGGGCUGACCUGGAGUGGCUAUCAAAACUCAACCACAAGGCUGGAGGGCUUCACACCUGGCAGGUGAGUUUGGGCUGUGAGGUCAGAGAAGACGGGAGCAAAGGAGGGUUUUUGCACUAUGGCUACAAUGGGAUGGACUUCAUCAGCUUCGACAAGGAGACCCUGAGAUGGGUGACAGCUCAGCCCCAGGCCCAGAAGGUCAAGGAGAAGUGGGAGGAUGAUACAAGGAGGUCCCAGAGGAAUAUAAUCUACCUGGAGGAGACCUGCAUUAACAUGAUGCAGGAAUACCUGCCUUACCAGAAGGAGGCUCUUCUUCAGACAGAGCCUCCAGAGGGGAAAGUGACUCGAAAGGUGGUGGACGACAGCCUGGAGGUCCUCAUCUGCCAGGCCUUUGGCUUCUACCCCAAGGAGAUCCAGACCACCUGGAUGAGGGAUGGAGAGGUCUGCCAGUAUGAGACCCUCCAUAAAAACGUGGCCCCCAACUCAGAUGGAACCUAUUAUGUCCAGCUCAGCAUUGAGAUCGACCCCAAGGAGAGGGACCACUUUCAGUGUUACCUGGAGCACGAGGGCUUGCGGAAGCCCCUGGUCUUGGCUUUGAAGGAGGAAAAAAGAGAGAGACGGAGCGAUUAUGACGUACCACAUUUUGAUGAGCCGUUAUUUCUUUCGGUGGGAACUGUGAUUGUUAUAAUCUUCGGAGCUGUGACUCUCUGCCUGAUUGUGGGCUUUGGGCUGAACUACAGGAAAAAACACCAUCAGGCAAGGAAAACCUGCCUUGAUCACCUUUUAGAAAAACUUUGUUCUUCCCCUACUGAUGGCGCUGAAGAUGAGAUUCAAUCACAGGUGAUGUUCCCACCCAAAAUGACAUCAAAGGGUUGCUGUGGAGAGAAAACAGAGCUAGGAGGAGAGGAAACAUCUCUGAAGGCUUCCCCAGAUGCCUAUUCAAACAACAAGGAAAGCUGUGGAGAUUUCACUGUGCAGGAACCUUUGAAAGAUGCUGAUGCCCCGAAGCCAGGAAUGGAGCGGAUGGAGGAAGAAGUGAGCCCAGGAACCUAAAUGGGGCCUUUAGAGGAACAAGCAGAUGAGCACCUGGCUGGAGAGGAAAGCGGAGAGACGCAACUGCAGUUGGAGGACUCAGACCCAGGCAGAAGCCCGGGAUUGCAGCUGCAGUGGAUGAAGAAGGAUGAGUAGAAACUGCCUCUUUCACCAUAGAAUGGAAGUUGGUGAGGCUACUCUAUUGCAAUUAGCCUCUUUCCUCCUAAUGAGUGAUACCAGUACGUACUAGCCUACUUGGUCCAAUAUUUCAAAAAUUCAGUGUUAGAAAUAAUCACACUUCCCUUUAACUCCAUGACUAAUGUACAUUUCACUUCCAAUCUGUACUUCAUUUGACUUCCAGUUGGACUUCAGACCUACUUCUCAGACUUGCAUCUUAGUUUGGAUUUGGGUGUGGUUUCUGAAUCAUACCUGGAUGUUGCUGUUUGUGUGUGUGUUUGUGUGUUUGUGAGUGUGUGUGUGUGUGUGUAUUUGGGGAUUUAUCCCUUUCCCUGGUAACUUUGCAACUCUCAGCCAAGCUGAGCAACCAUGGAUUCAGUGGGAUUUUGCCAUAGGUGUGAAUGGGACCUGGGGAAUAUUAGAAGAGCCUUUGCCCUCAUUUUUUUGGACAUGGCAAAGGUCAAAUCCAGGCCAUCUUUUUGCCUAAUCCCAUCAGACCCAAAUGAACCCUUGGACAGAGGCCCGGGAGAGUGCAAUCUCCUUCUGUUACUUUUCUUUUCUCCACUAAAAGCAAACCCUCUUUUGGGGGGAAGGCAACCACUCUCAACCCAAAUAUGGUUUCCUUAACAGAAGGGCAGGAUAUGGAUUGCACUUCUUUCCAGGUGCUGAAAUAGUCAGCCUCCCGUUCUGAUUGUUCUUGGUGGUCUCUCAUCCCAUCCAUGCAGAGACAAAGCAGGGCAGCCCUCCUUAUUUGAGAGACCCAUGAUCCCUCCAGAGGAGAUAGGGUGGGCACAGUCCAGGUCUCUCCCCUUAAGUUUUGGCCCCUUGUGGGUCCUCGGAAGUGUGACGUUUCUGUUACAGCCCCUGCCCCAAUGGAAGAGUUCCCCCUGAGGGUUCAGCAGCCCCUCCCCUUUUAAUCUUUCAGGGGAAACAGGUGACCUGCUUGUUUCCCCAAAACCCUGAAGGUCCAAGGGCAAAGAUGUGUGGUUACUUUUUCCUUUUUGGUUAUAAUUUUGAGAUAAACUAUUUACCAUAUUUUUCAGAGUAUAAGAUGCACUGGAGUAUAAGACUUUGAAGAU